GAUGUCACUUCCUGCCAGUCAAGCGCUCCACCUCGCCCCUGCUCAUAUUGCAGCCGCUCUCAGGUUACACUGCGCCGUCUAAUGCAUUUUGGGAAAUGAAGGUGUGUAGCAACCUAAGGUCAAGACACUAGAGCCCGGCUCCCAUCUCCUGCAGUCCUGCUGCGGAAAAAUACGGCACCGGGAAUGAGCGGCAUCCUGGCCAGCUGAUGUGCUUCAGACAAGCGGCAUAUGUUAUUUAUGAAGUCAAGGCUGCUGAGAGAGGGAGGGACCUUCAGGAGUUGUUGACUCAGAGCGAGCCAGCCACCAAAACAGAAGUUGUGAAGUAAGAAAGAGGGACGAACGGGCGAGCUCCAGCAUCUAGGAUUACAGAGCGAGAGUACCUGCUCGCUGAGAAUAGUGGAACUGUUUUUUGCCCUCCCUGCCGCGGGCCCCGGGACAGGCAGAGGACAGGGCACACGGGACGCGGGGUACAGGGCAAGAUUAUGGGACAGGGAGCGAGUACUCAGACUUUAAACCCGAACCCUGCCUACAUUACCGAUGUUGAAGUGGAUCAUAGUGUGCCGGAGAGUGAUGGAGCACCUCCAGGAGCAGGAACCCCUGCGGCAAAGGGCAAGGGCAAGUUCUCCAGCCUGGGCAAGAUCUUCAAACCCUGGAAGUGGAGGAAGAAGAGAAGCAGUGACAAGUUCAAGGAGACAUCAGAAGUGCUGGAGAGGAAGAUUUCGACGAGGAAGCCCAGAGAGGAGUUGAUAGAGCGAGGGUUACUGAAGGACAUCCCAGAAAAUAAGAGUAAUGACGUGAAUCACAAAGCUCCUCCAGUGAAGAACGGCCACACUGCUCCAGUGCCUGGAGAGCGCAGGUCAGAUACAGGCUCAGAGGUCAAGGCACCAUCUUCACGGCCACAAGGAGAAGAACAGAGAAACAGCCUCGCACCUGAACCGGAGCGCCGCAACCGAGCGCCCUCCGACGUCAGUCGCAACCGUCAGCCGCUGGACGUGGACGCUCGGACGCGGUUACCGCAUGAAACGGACCGACGCAGCCGACUGGAGUCAGAUGUGGAGAGACCAGCAGGAUCUUUACCGAGAGAAAGACAAGGACAGGAGGAGGGACGGUAUCGGCGAGAGGAAAGAGAUGAGAAAGCGAGCAGGGACAGAGAACGGCGGGAUAGAAGAGAAGACAGGGAAGGAAGAGGCGAACGUAUAGAUGACAGAGACAGACGAGACAAGAGGCCUGAUAAAGAGGACAGGCAUGGAAAAGGUGAUCGAGAUGAAUGCGAGAAAGAGAGGCGGAAUGACAGGGAAAAGCGGGAAGAGAAGGACUGGAGAGAAAACAGGGAUAGGAAACAGCCACGAGACAGGAAAGAGGAUCACGAAAGGCGAGAUGAGCCCGAGAGAGUAGACGAGCGAGAGCGAAAGGAGCAGAGCGAAAGGAGGGAAGACAGGGAAAGAAGAGAGGAACGGGAUAGACGUGAGGAAAGAGACAGAAAAGACGAGAGAGAAAGGAGAGACGUCAGGAGGCCAGAACCUGUGAAACAGGUGUCUGAUGGGAAACUAUUCCGGCCUCAGUCAGAACAGGACAUGCGGCCCAUUAUUCAGAAGAGCUCGUCUGACUUUGGACAGAAGGUCCGGCCUGUUUCAGAGGCCAUCCAGAGCAGCACACUGCCACGAUACACACCUGCAGAGGAAGAAUCAAGGGCACGAACAGGAUCAGUGGGUGUGCGGUUUGUUCCUGAGCCCAAACCUGCACCAAUUACCUCCACUAAAGAGUCCCAGCUGCCCCCUAAACAGGCCAUUCUCCCUCCCAAGUGGCUGAUGGCUUCUUCCUCCUCCUCCACUGAGACUGCUCCAGUCCCAUCCUCAUCCUCCUCCUCUUCAUCAUCAUCGUCGUCUUCAUCAUCAUCCUUUGCUCCCCCCAUUGCUAAGCCUCCUCCUCGGACUGUGUCUUUAAACAUAGACGACUCUUCCCGCAAUAAUCCCAGUCCUCCCGUAACAGCAGGAGACCGUGAAGUCCCUCCCACUAUUCCCACCCACUCCACUCCUCCCACUGUUCCCGCCCACUCCAACCCCCCAGCCCCUACUGCCCCUAAACAGCCGCCAGUGCCCCCUCCCAAACCCACCCAUCACAACAACAACACUGCACUGCAAGCUUCAACGUUACAAAGACAUUACAAAGCUCCGCCUCCUCAGUACUGGACGAGCUGGAGACGGCAGGCAGAGUCUGGAGUCUAUCUCUCCCUGCCCACCUACCUCAGCCACAGGGGCGCUCAGCUCUGCCCAGUGGAUCCCUCUCAAGUCCAGGUCCCAGUCAAGCGAUCUCCUCCCAUUCCUCCAAAGAGGAUGACUCCUGUGACCAAACACCACUCAGAUGACUCUUCGGCCAAUCAGCCUGAGCCUCCGUCCCCAGGCCCCAUCUCCGUCCCAGUCCCAGCCCCUGCUUCUGCCCCGCCCCCUGCCCAAUCAGAUGACAGCAGAAACUCAAACUCCGAAGCGCUCUCCCCCCCUCCACCCCAUAUCCCGCCAACCCCUCCUCGCGCCCACCCACCCCCUGAGGUCCCCCACGUGGACCCGCCCAGCCCUACCACAGAGCCGCCCUCUCAGCUGCCCUUACCUCUGUACAUACGUAUUCAGAGAGCCUUGAACAGCCCAGGCCCAGUCCAGCCCAGUCCUGAAGAAUCCCAGCGAGCUCAUUCGCUUCUGUUUGAAUCACCACCGGACUUUCUCACUGAGGCCCCAGGAGGGGGGCGAAACUCUCUUCCUGUCACUAUCGAACCUCUGCGACUGCCCGAGGAUGAUGAUUUUGACAUUGAAGAAGAGCUGCAGAAGCUGCGGCCCGCCCCUCAGCCCACACAACAGCCGGAGCUGGAGCCGCGCAGCCGUCGCGGUCUGGUGGGAGACCCGCGGGUCACUGUCAUUCCUGAGGAUGCUGGACAUGGAAACAGCGAUGAUGAGGACGAGGAGAGUGAUUCGGAUGGACCCAUCCAUUACAGAGAUGACGAUGAAGAAGAUGAUGAUGAUGUUCCCAUGAGUGGUCUUGCACUCCGUGUGAAGCGUAAGGACACUCUGGCACUGAAGCUGGAGCGUCAGCUGGAGAAAGAACAGUCUCAGGACCAGGAGAACAGCACCUGGAACAACAAAGAGCAGUGGGAAACUGUCCGCAAUCAGAUUGGCUCCACCCUCACAAGGAGGUUGAGUCAGAGACCCACCGCACAAGAGCUUGAGCAGAGAAACAUCCUACAAGCCAAGAAUGAAGCAGACCGACGGGCAGAAAGGAGUGAAAUCAAGCGCAGACUGACCAGAAAGUUGUCACAGAGGCCCACGGUGGCCGAGCUGCAGGCCAGAAAGAUCCUGCGCUUUCAUGAGUAUGUGGAGAGCACUCACGCUCAAGACUACGACCGGCGCGCCGACAAACCCUGGACCAAACUCACACCUGCUGACAAGGCGGCCAUAAGAAAAGAGCUGAACGAGUAUAAGAGCUCAGAAAUGGAAGUUCAUGAGAAGAGCAGGAUAUACACCAGGUUUCACCGGCCAUAAUCAGCAUCACAGACGGAUGAAAGCUGCAGCUGAAAGCCUCCAUCUCACUCCAGCAUCUUGUUUGCCAUGAUCCUGUACUGACGAGUGCCCAGGCCAGCCGCUCAGUGCUCUGGAGUGAAGAGGAGGAGGAAGUGAUGCGGGUGUGUGCAGGAUGCUGGUACUUGUUGAUUCAGACACUUGGGGAGCGGGUUUGGAGGGCCAGCGCUCCGUAGAGUUCCCAUGAUUCCCACGGCCAGAGUAUUUCAGGGAGAAGAGGACACGGGACUGCGUGGACUGGGCUGUUUUAAUUGUCUUUAUGGUGCACAUGUUUCUGAGAUCAAGAAUAGGCUUGUGUACAUAACAGUAAUACUUUUAUGGAAAUUAUGACACUGGUGAUUAAACUGUUUGAGUGGUGAGCGAUUAUGAGAGACCGAGUGUGUGUGUGUGUGUGUGUGUGUGUGUGUGUGUGUAUGUUUGUGCGCGUGUGCGUGCAUGUGUGUGUGUGUGUGUGUAAUGAUAUAUGCGGUCCACUUAUGCCUUAAGACUGGUGCAUGACUUUCUUUAGCCUGACCUUCGAGGAAUACAGAAGAAAGUCUGUUGACACAGAUGCAUUUAACACUGUUUCUCACGCUGAACACACACUUACUGAUAUGUGUGGAUCUGAAAGCACAUCUUUGACAUUCUCAGGACGUCGGCACACAGUCUCACUUUCUCUUUAUGUGCAUUUUACUGUAAAUUACCAUAGUUUUACUUUUCACACAGAUAAAACACCUGCUUUAAAAUUGUUCUUCUCUUUUUAACAACAUAGCACUUCACUUUAGAUAUUUCAAGGCCAUAUUUUAACCCAAAAAUCUUUAUUUAUUUUUUAUUUUUUUUUAAGCAUGUGGAAAAUUAAGCCUAUAUACCAGUAAGAUUUUUAGCAUUGUGAAAUUAUUUUCAUCAUUUAAGCAUAUUUCCCCCCUAAAUUAUUCUUAUUAUGUGUUGGAUGUUUUACUGUUGAGUCUUUUUCUGCUUCUUCUCAUGUGCAUUAUUCUCAAUGGUAAUUAUUGUUACUGUAAUAUAUUUUUUUAUUA